AAGAGCGCCUGCGCGGCUGUCGGUUGGCAAGGUCAGGUCUGGAAAAUUAGAUGCUUGGGCUUUGCCGGAGCUGGAGCUGUACCCGAGAGCCUCAGGCUGCAGUCCAGACCCUGAAUGGCUGGUCUCCAGUUGGCUCCACAUCUGCCUGUGGGCGUUAUGUUCCCACAUAAUAAAACAGAAGCUCCAGGGCUCCACUCAGCCAAGCAAGACCUUUAUGAACAAGGUGACUCUCCCCAGCGGUCCCCGAUGGAGCACUUGAGAAACAACUGCCAGCAGAAGUCUUUGAGCAACAAACAGCUGGCACUGGAUAAUGUCUACACUCACCCUAAAUGGAACACCUGCACAAAAACCAGGACUUAUUCCUAUCUCCACUGUGCUGGAAUCAGCCAGCGAGACUCAGGAAGUGAUUUCCAGAGCCAAGGAAAGAGUUUGUUUUAUUCAUCAAGCCCUCAAUCCCGGUAUCCCAAAGCAAAUGAUCAGGACUUCAUUCCCUUUACAAAAAAGCGAGUUGGGGUAGACCGGGCCUACCCACUGAAACCCAUGGUCCACCGGAAGUCUCAUAACACAGGUGAGGCUGGUCCUGAUGGGGACCAGAUCGUUUACCCAGGAUUUUCAGAGCCAAGAGAGUUCUCAGACAGCAACUCUGGUCUGAGGAACUGGGUGAAUUUAUCAGUUCUUGCCACCUUGCAGGAGGAGAAGGCCAUGACAAACCUCCAUAGAAUUGACUGGAUACAGAUCCAACGUCUUGAAGCUGCUGGGGAAAGCUUAGAGGAGGAAAUCCGAAGAAAGGAAAAUCUCCUGAGGGAAAAGCUGAAGAAGACAGAGCAGGGACUCAGAAGGAUCCAGAAGGAAAAGGAACAGGCCAAGGAAAAUGAGGACCAAGAACUACAGAGAAUGGUAAUCUCCAGGAGAAGAAUUAAAGGCAGUAACAGCAGCAGCACAUACAAACCUGUCUUUUCCCCAGAAGUCAGGUCUGAAGAGGUAUUGAUCAGAGACAGAGAAGAGGAGGAAAUAUGGGGAUGCCCUCAGGAGAAUUCUACUCCAUUCCAGUUGUCUGGUUAUGGAAUCCAGAGGCUCAAAAGGGAAAAACUGGUGAAAAGUAAUAACAAAAUCCGAGCCCAAGCCUCAAGACCAUCUUCAGAGAACUUCUCUCAGCCUCUGGAAGAGACCAGCAGCCCUUUUCAAGAAUCUACCAGAAGUUCUAGCCUAUCUAGGACCCCAGGCUCCUCAGGCUCUAGCAGCUCGACUGAGAAGCCAGAGAUGGGCAAGUGUAGCCACUGUGGUCGCACAUUUCUCUUGCUCAGGCUGGAGAGACAUUCCACUGUCUGUGGCAGGAUGCAGGGGUCCAAGAGGAAAGUGUUUGACUCCUCCAGGGCUCGGGCUAAGGGCACAGAACUAGAGCAAUACUUGAACUGGAAGGGGCCAGAUGCAGUCAAGGCUGAACCUCCUCGGAAGAGCAACUGGAGACAAAAGCACGAAUCUUUCAUCCGUACUCUCCGUCAGGCUCGAGAAGUCCAGCAAGUAAUUGCCAAAGGUGGAAACCCAGCAGACUUGCCUCCAAUCCUGCCGGCAGAAAAUCCAGACUAUGUUCAGUGUCCUCACUGUAGCCGCCACUUUGCUCCUAAGGUGGCUGAGCGACACAUUCCCAAGUGUAAGACCAUCAAGAACCGCCCUCCACCUCCACGGAAGCAUGAGAGCUGAGCAGAUGACAGCGAGACUACCUUACGUAGUUCCCAAAGCUCUGCUUCUCUUCAGCAGUAAACAGAAACCAAAUAUAUUUGAUGCAAAGCAGAAAGAAAACAGAACUUUUCCAGAAGCCACAUUUGCCUGCAGUUAAGCUGCACUAGGAGAGAGCCAUUGGUAAGCAUCGAGACAGAGGAAAACCCAGCUUCCCCUAGCAUCACAACCUUUGCUUGUGUGCCUUAUGUUCUCGCCCCAAGCAAGUGGGUGAGGACAGUAAAUCGUGAACAGGCUGCAUUAAAGUUCUCUUCCUGUGAGCUGAGCCUGGGCUUUGUGCUAGUGAAGGGCCUCCGGUCAUCACGUGUUCAAAGUUUCCUUAAAGCCUUCUCAUUCAUGCAAGUUCAGAGUACCGAGUGAGUUGGGGUCAGCAGACUACAGUCAUACAGUUGAUAACUGUUGAGAAAAACAAUAAAGGACUGAGGGUGCAGCUCAGUGGUAGCGUGCUUGCCUAGCGCGUACAAAGCCUGGGUUCGAUCCCUAGCACAAGAAAACAAAGGAUAGUAAGAUUGUGCUUUAAGGCAUUAUUAAAUGGAACUCUAUCUUGGCCUCCCAGGGGCAUGGUCCUGGCCAAAAGCCUAUAAAAGUACAUAAUGUGAGGGCACCAGUGUAUCUUAAACCUUCCCUGUGGUGUACUGUUAAUAAAGGAAACAUCUUUAUGUAUGUUACAGCAUAGGAAUGGGGAGAAAACACAUUUUACUUCAACUUGUUCUUUUCUAAUGGGUUUCAUAUGUUGGAUAAAAAGAAAAAGAUGUUGAUAAUCUGCUCUCAACUCAGGGGGUUGAAUGCGUUUUUAAAUGAGGGAGCAAAUCUACCAUCAAAGCCAAGCAGAGGCACUGGCAGAGUCCCAUGUCCCUGAUGGUUAGAGUAUGUUUGCAGGGGCAGGCCCAGAUCUUUUAAAUUUCCUACGUAGAAAAGUGCCUAGUACAAGUUACGUCCUCAAUUAAUGGAUUUUAUGAACUUAACCAAAAAGAUUUGAGUAAGGACAGCUCAGAGACAAGAUAUUUGACCCAAUAUGUAUCUCAUCUCCCCAGGAAGUUUAAUGAGAAAUACACUAAGUUCCACACUUGAUGUUAAAAGCAAUGGAUGGCAAGAAUAAGUUGUGGACAGCGUUGCUCCAGCGAUCUAGCUUAUUUGGCUACGCAGUUUUAAAAUACAUUCCAACAUUUGAAAAACAAGAUAGGGAGAAUGUCUUGAAAAGUUGGAGGUCCUGGAAACAUGACGCCAGCCUAGGGCAUUGUGGGUGGAGUUCAGAAUUAGUGGCUCCUUUAGUUGUCGAAUGGCAGCAUUAGGGUCAGUUUCAGCCCUAGAUGAUGUUAAGGUCACAGGUCUGGGUCUUCCAGAGAAUAAAUGCUAUAUCUAUAGACCCAGUGAUGUAGUUAUUCAUUCUUUAGCUCCCAAAGAAAUGUAAUAGCUAAUGUCUUAAGUGCUCCCUUUGAUAUGUACAUGUUGAGGCCCUGAGUUUCUAUCUUUUGAAUCUGACUUGGCUUUUGGGAAGAGGUAAGACCUUUUUUUUUCUAAGUGUCUUCUUGUGUAGAAAAAGGACAGCAGAGGACACAUAAAUGCUGCUUGUAAAUGUCCAUUUUAUAUUACCUUAACCAAGAACAUUUAGUGCAAAUAAACAAAUUUUCAAGUUCAAAAAGUUAAGCUACGGGGAAAAAAAGCCUCACGAUGAAGGCUCACAUGGAAACUAAUUUUGGGAACUGUGUGUGUAAUACCGAGAUAAUAUGUCUUCCUGCUUUAUGCCAUACAGCACCCCUGGUCAUUAUUUGCUUUCAGCCCAACAGAUCACUCUUCAAAGCGACAGGCAGCAGCAGAUGUGACAGGACAUGGGCUCUCUUCCCUAACCCCGUGACUCUGAGUUUAAUGAUUAGUGCACUUCUGUAGCAUGGAAGCAAAAACAAUUUUUGGCUUUCCAACAGGGAAGAAUGUGUUUCACUCCUGACUAUAGCCUACUCUGUCCUGAUGCCAUUGUGACUAAUACUUCCUUGAGAGUCCCAGGGAUCUCAUUUGAAUGAAUUUGUGUGAAACUGUUUUUUUUUUUGUUUGUUUUGUUUUUUGGUGCCGAAGGAAGAGUAUAUUUAGGGCCUUGAUCCUGCUUAGCUUUUUCCCUCAAGGCUGGCAUUCUUACCACUUCAGUGAGACAUGCCUCCAGUUCCUGAGUCACUCUUUAUUGUGUUUCCUAAUAGAUAACAAAAACAAAUGAAGUUUGAGUUUUAGAAGGACUUUGCUUUAAAUUUAGCAAGAUGCUCAGCCAAGAGAAGUUUGUAACUUGUCUGCUAUACCAGGAAGACCAAGUACAGCUCGGCUUCUUUGAGAAAAGUUUUAUAGAAAGAACCUGGCAUGACCACUUGGAAGAGCACCCCUGUCCCUGACACUGAAGAGGAAAACGCAAGAAUGGAUCUGCUUUUAAUGGUUCAAUCCCCACUCCCACACUUUCAGAGGUCUUUUGGGGGGAAAAAGGUUCUAGCAAUUGAAAUGACUUUACUGGCAAGAAUAAGACACUGGGAAGAAGAUUUUUUCUGAACAUUGUCCUUUUUGUUUCUGUUAAGGAACAUUAUUUAUAUAAAGACUCAUGUAAUUGAAGAUUCACAAAGGCCUAGAAUGUGGGUGUUUUAUCUCCAAUGACUGAGGUUCACACACAGGCUUACUGAACCACAUCACUCAGGGUUUAAAUGUUUAUUUAAAACAGAAAUGCCAAACCACUCCACCCUCAACCUUUCCAGCUUCUGGCUAACAAUAAGCUGGUUCUGCAGCAAAAGUGCAGGCGCAAAGUAAUGCAGGUUAUACUGUAACUCAAAAGCAAUACUACUGGAAAACUUCAAACACCCAGCACUGCAUAAGGAAAAGCAGGACACACUUGAAAGAAAAUUAGCUACAGGAAACCAUUCAAAGGCACUUCAGCUGCCUUGCUUUCAAAAUAUUCUAACGCAUGGCUGCCACCUUGAACUGGUUUCUGUUUGCAUAGCUGUUUGGUGGGGAAAAUCAUAUGGCUAUCCCAGGCACAAUUAGGGAAAGUGCAAAUUGUCUCUAAGGCACAGAAUUUACUCAGCCAGAUUAUUAUCAAGCCUAGACUUCCCAAGGGAACAUAGGAAGAAAACCAUUAUCAUAUUCCACCGCUUGGGACUGACACCUUCC